AUGACCCCAACCACCACCACCACCACGCCCACCACGACCAGCACGACCACCAGGACGACCGAACGACCCAAGACCAGCCGAGGUCGUCGUCGGUCGUACUGCUCCCGAUGUAACAACUGUUUCGGUAAUUCACAUCACCACCACAGCCAGAAGACUCCAGCGGACAAGACAGAAGCCGAGCAAAACAACAACAAUAAUAACAACAACAAUAACAACAACAACAAUAACAACAACAACAAUGACACGGCCGCCCUCGAGACCACCCAAACGGCGGAGUCCCCCCCUCCCCCCCGCGAGACGGAGGCCGACACCCUCGCCCUCGACAACCGGCCUCGAGACCCCUCCCGCUGCGCCUACAUCCCGGGCCGCCCCUUCACCCCGCGCGAGGGCACGGACUCCCCCAACGACGUGGACCUGAUGGAGGUGAUCAAGAUUCCCGAGGUGGCCGGCAAGAGGUCCCUGGUGGAGGUCCUGUCGCAGGUCGUGAAGCUGGAGAGGUCUUCGUCGUCGUCGGCUUCGGAGAUGACUUCGAGGACUCCCCCAGAGGCUCCGGACAUCGUGACCUCGACGACCAAAGGGCGCGAGAGGAGGGUCGUCAUGGCCAAGAGGGCAAUAGGAGGAGGAGGAGGAGGAGGAAGUUUAGGAGGUUUGGGAGGAGGAGGAGAGGUCAAAAUAGGAGCAGAUGUCGCCACUCUCGCCAUCUUGUGCCAACACUAUGCUGAGCUUGUUCACGCCCUCAAGCCAUUACCCUCAGACCCAGCUCUCCCUCACCCGCAGGAGGAGAACUACCUGCUCUCCUGCGCGCGCAGCCCCCUGCCCACCACCCCCCGGAGCACCCUCAGCUACCGGGGCACGGCCACCGACCCGGGGGCGCGGGGGCCGGUGGGGGGCAGCAGCGGGGGGCGGACCAGGACCUCCAGGACGGCCUUCUCGUGGGAGCCCGAGGCCGUGGCCGGUCUGGAGCAGCAGCCGCAGCCCCGUCAGGCGGGCGAGGACGAGCCGGGCGUCCGCGCCACGACGGAGGAGAACUCGAGGCUCAUCUCGGACCUGCGCGUGCCAGGGUCGCCGGCGGGCAUCCGGGCCCACAGGACCUCCUCGGGGUCCAGGGAGAGGAACUACGGUGACGCCAAGUCCCCGAAGAAGAGCCCCGGCCGCGGGAAGGAGGAGGCCCCCGAGGAAGGGCAGCCCGAGGCGCUGGCCCGGGAGCGGAAGCCGUGGACGCUGAGGCCCCUGCGCAGCGCCAAGCACAAGAGGGACUCCCGCCCGCCGCGCAAGAGCUCCUUCAGCAUCUUCAUGAGAGAUUCUUCGAAGGAGCAGGAGAAAGCCGCCAAGGAAAACGCCAACGCCGGCUCUCCCAAGCUCAGCAGGAGCAGCGACGUCAGCGGAGGCAGCGGCAGCGGCGGCGGCGGAGGCGGCGGCGGCGGAGGAGGAGCCGGAGGCGGCGUGGCCCGCGGCGCCGGCCAGCAGCAGCGGGUGACGGCGACAGAGUUCCGGUAUCCGACGGUGGGCGUCCUGUCGACCAAGAUCCAGGAGAUCGAGGAGAAGAUCCAGGAAAUCCUGCACCUCGAGCCCGUCGACAUCAUCAUGAGGGAGAAUAGCCUGACGAGGUCUCCAACCAAAGGCUUGUCGGGAACUGGUAGUCUCAGGAGGUCAGCGAGCGUAGGUCAACGCGGGGACUUCUAUCGCCACGCCGUCAAGGACACCAGGAGGGACCAGCGCCACCAGGAAUACUACGACUCAGACGACGACGGAUCCAGGCGAGGGACAUGUGGAGGAAGCGGUGGAGGUGGAGGGACAGGUGGAUGCCAGUAUCAGGCGCUCUCGCAGGCCGCUCACGUCGAAGUGGACAAGCUCAGGCAGCUCGUCCAGCUCCUCAACGCCAGAUUAACAGAACUGAGUUCGAGAAUGCUCGAAGCUGAAUCGAGGCUACGCGAGGAACUGCAGAGGUCGGCCCUCAUGGAACGAGCGCUUGAGAGGAGAACGUUGGAUCCCGGACUGAUUCCAGCCGACAGCGGAAACACGCGCAGCAGCAGGUCGCCGAGGCACGCCGUAGAAAGCUCAAGCAGGAGGUGCGGUCCGUCGGUGCUUGCCUGGGGCGACGGGACAACGGAAAACCUCCUCAGGAACAAGCUUGACAUGGCGAGAGAAGAGAUCGAGCUGCUCCGCCAACACAUCGACUUGCUGCUUCGAAUGCGUCAGGAAGAUCUCAAGGUGUACGAGUCGACGGUGGAUAAAUUCAGACACACUUUAGCUUCUGGAAGUCAGUGGUAGCUUGGAAUUUGUAAAAUUAGGAGGCUUUUUAAAAGGAAGUAGUAGCAUUGUAAUUAGGUAGGUUCGUGACUUUUAUUAGAGUCGUUUUCUUAAUAGAAAUUAGGAAUAUAUUUAUAUACAGGUGCUAUGAUUUUUUUGUCUAUAGGCUAUUUCUCAAUUUAUAUCGAGUAGAUGGAAUUUUUAACUACAUGAUAUAAUUAUAUUGCUAGAAUUAUAUUUAUUAGAUUCUUAAUGUAUGUAGAGUAAUUUUAUAACCAAAGAUUCUAACACUUCCUGUCGAAAGUGUUAAAAGAAAACUCAGUUGUAGAUCUCCCUGUAGCUCAGAAAUAUGCCAAAAGAAAAUCAUUCUCAGGUUUUUACCCAAAUCACACGGCGUAAUGUAACAAGCAUUGGAUACGAAAGAAUUCCUGUUAUUUCCUUUGAGGUACUUAUAAAGUAUUUUAUACAACCAUUGAAUAUAAAAGGUUCCCUAUCGGAUGCUGGUGAGAAUAUUUUUGAAGCAUUACAUGAGAAAAAAUUUGUUAUUUCUCAUCAGAUAUUAGUGAACAUGUCUUAUAAACAUUUACAAUUCAAGACUUCCAAUUAUUCCAUAUUAUGUACUUAUAUAAAAAAUAUCUUACAAGCAUCAAAUACGAGUAAAUACUAUUUCCAUUCAGUAAUACAAAAAAAAAAAAAAGAAAAAGAAAGGAAAAAAAAAAAGAAAAAAAAAAAAAAAGGUAAAUUUUUCUCUGCAAAUCUGAAACGAUUCAUUAGGCUUUUAUCUUCGGUGCUAGAAUAAACAAACAAAAAAUAAAUAAAAUAAAAACAAAAAACAAUUAAAAGCUUAAAACCAUUGUUAUUAAGAAAUUUUAGACCUUAGAUACGCUGUGUAUCAUAUUUACUGUAAGAAAUGUAAUUAAUGCACAUGUAUAUAAUGAAUUGCUAAUUAAUUCCAGCCUGUUAAUUAAAUACAUACAUAUUCAAGUUUCUCAUUUACCACUAAUACUUUAAUUUGUGUGUACAUAAUAUGCAGUUUUAUUUAGUGAAAUGUAUGACACAUCAAAAAUGAAAAAUAAAAUAUAUAUAAAAUAUACAGUUAAAUGUUGUUCAGAAGACUGCUACUAUACAUAAUUUUAAAUUUCAGACUUAAUAAUUGGUACUGGUAUUUCCAAAAUCAAACGUAUUUUACAUAAAUCUGAAGUUUAUGAA